AUGGAGGUUUUGCAGGCCUUUUCCAGUAACCAACUUGCUCUUUUACCGAGGGGGAGUGGUUCGCCACCCUACCUUGGCCAGGUGUCACGCAAGAGGUGUCCUCACGCCAACGUGUCCGACCAGAGCGCCCAGGAUUUCCCCAGGCUCUCUGGGCCAAAAUUUUUUCCAACCGGAUGGGCCCUGGACCCUGAGCAGGAGCCCCCUGCCCCAAGUGGUGCCUUGGAGGUGCUGCCAAGGGGCAAAGGGGUACCUACGGGUUCGGGGUUCACCCCACCCACAUCCCCCGCCAGGCCUGUGCUGUGCUUGGCCAAGGCCCUAGGCAUUAGCCCGUCUCGCGGGGUUCGCAGCACGGCCCACGGCCCACGUGGGCGGCGUAAAGUGCAACAGGACUUCCUCUGGGAGUCCACCCGAAAACAUCGUGCGGCCCAUCGGGCUAGGAGGCAGCAACAGGCCAAUUCUCUUUUCUGGCACUCCUGGCCUCCUGGUCCUGAGGCUCCACCUCGCCUCCUUCCCCCCCUGGUGACGCAGGGCGGCGGCCCCUUACCCCCCCCGCGAAGGCCUAGCACCCGGGGGAAAGCGGGCAAGCCCCUCCCUGACCUCGAGCCUAAGGCAAAUCCAGUUCAGGCCCUGGCUGCAGGGCUCGCAGAUGAGCUUCGGACGCACAAUGACUGGAGCAAGUCCGAACCCCAGGCUCUAGCCCUCGCUGAGGCCCUGGAAGGAGCAGAUGAGGCCAGCUUGGGCUACCGGGUCUCUUAUGAGAUUCUCGAGGCCAUGCAAGGCCACUCGUGGCUGGACCCCAUCACCGCCGCGGCUUUCCUGGACGACCUCGCGGCUCAGGGGCACCAGGGAUGUCAGGAGUCCGUUGUGUUUGUCAGUGCCAACAUCACAACGUGGACUCCGGAUAUUCUCAAAUGGCACCAGCCAAAAAAAGGGCCCCUUCUCAUCCAGGAGCUGCACUUGGGAGAUGAAGGUGCCAGGCGUGAAAGACGGUCCAAGCACCGCCGCCACCGGCUCCACACGCCGGGGCUUUUCACUCAGAUCCAGGUCGAGAUGUGCGACCAGGCCCUGAACCCUGCCUCCUCGGUUGAGCGCGACCUUGUUGAGUUCGCUUCUAAGGUUGAGGAUGCUAUUUCGCCGGGUUCUUCUGAGGAGUGGUUUUUGGAACACGCCCUCGAUGCCAUCCAUGAUGACACACCCUCCCCCGCUAAGUGGCACCUCCUCAAGCAAAUGGCUCAGGUCCUCUCGUUGCAGCAUAAUACCCCCCACAGCCCCGCUACCUUUAGGCUCCUGUCCGCCAAUGUUACUCACUGGAGGCCAGAGGUUCGGGAUUGGGCCUUCUCUCUUGAAGGCCAUGGGGUUCUGCUCCAGGAGCUUCACCUCACCUCUGAGGCUGCUCAUGAGGCUACGAUUGCCGCCUCUAAAAGAGGGUUUCGUCUCUUUACCUCGCCUCCCUUCCUGAGUGAUAAGAGGCGCCCCUUGGGAGGUUUUGGUGUCCUCAUCCGCUCCUUCCUUAAUCCCCGCCAUGUCCUUACCCACACCGUGGAGGGUUGUGGUUUCCUGGCCGUCUCGCUUCGGUGUUCCGGGUUCGAAUUGACCCUGGUUUCCAUCUACCUCCAGUCUGGUACUGGCUUUAACUCCCCGGUCAACGCCGAUGUCCUUGCUCGCCUCUUAGCCUUUCUUCCUUCCCUCCGGGGUGUGUGGAUCGUUGCUGGUGACUGGAACAACCCCAUACAAGAUCUGCUCGCCACUAGGCUUGAGGAAGUUUCCCAUGGGCGUUUCCUGGGUACCGGUUCACCCACCGCAGCAACCGACCGGGAACUUGACUACCUUCUGGUCUCGUCUCCGGCUGUCGCUUUCUUGCAAGUUGCUCAGGACUGGGUCGUCCCCUUUAAGCCUCACUGCGCUCUGCGGGCCACUUUACAGCUCAGCUCUCUGCAGCUUCCCUUUCCGCAACUCGCUUCCUUUUGUGAGGUCUUUCCUGACCCCUUGCCCUUUCAACCCUCGGUCCCGAGCCCCUCGCCUAUCGCGGAGGUUAAUCUUCUUGGCCUCACAUCCACCGACAAGCUCACUCUCGACUUCGCAGAGUUGAGCUCCUUCCUCGAGGUCUCUCACGGGUUCCCCGACCGAGGGCGUGGGGCUUUUGUUCCCUUUCUUCACCAGCCCCUUGUCCAGGGCCACUCUGUUGCCUUUGCCUGGAAAGGCCAGCUUCCCUCCUUGGUGUCAGCCUUGCUUCACCUUCUUGACCGACCCGACGCUGUGCAGUCCCUCUUGUGGUCCUUUUUGGACACUUCUCUCCCCUCCGAGGUCCGCGCCUUUUGUGACCGGGUGAGCGACGGCUCUGCUUCUCCCGCCACCCUCCGCGCCGAAGGCACUGCCCUCCUUGGUCAACUCCGGCGCGAGCAAACUGCCCAGCAAGCUGACCAGUACGGUGAGUGGCUGGAGGAAGCUUCGAGUUCGCACCUGGGGCCGCUCUUUCGAGCCAUCAAGUCCCAUGAGCAGGUGCUUGAUCGGCCCUUUCAAGACUGCGAUGGACUUCGCCGUGUCUUUGAACGACAUGAGCAUUGGGCCCGCGUCUGGCAAGCUUCGGUUUUUCCCCAGCACUUUGCUCACCCUCUCCUCGCGGAGCUCCGCUCGAGGGCCGUCUCCCAUUCUGGCACCCUGGCUCCCUUGACUGUUCCCCACCUUCAGAAACUUCUCAAGAAAGCCGGGAAAAAGAAAGGGGGCCCGGACGGCUGGAGCUACCCAGCCCUUCGGGCACUGGACCCGGCAGCUCUUCAGCUCGUUGCCGACUUCCUCGCCCGUGCGGAGGCUGAGGUGCUUCUGCCUUUCCAGCUCACCUGCGUUCAGGUCGCUCUUCUCCCGAAGUCGGCCGACAAGGAACGCCCCAUAAGUCUUCUACCGUGUCUGUGGAGAUUGUGGGCACGGGCUAGGUGGCAGGACAUCUCGGCUUGGACGUCGGCUUACGCCCCCGCCCACCCGUGGGACCGGGCGGUUCCAGGCCAGGCAAGCCUGGACACGGCACUGGCCCGCCUUGUCAGAUCAGAGCAUUCAAAGCUCGAGAGGACGCACAUAGUGUCGCUCUUCCUCGAUUUGCGAGGCUUCUUCGAUUCUGUGAGCUAUGAGCGCCUUCUCCUCCAAGGGCUCGCUCACAGUUUCCCUCCUCUUCACCUCUGGUUUGCCCUCCAGGUCUACCAGGGUCCUCGCUGCCUUGUGGCCGACUCGAUCGCUGCCACGCCGCUCUUUCCUGGCCGGGGCGUGCCCCAGGGUUGCCCUCUCGCUCCCUCGCUUUCCAAACUCACCAUGUCCGAGCCACUCCAGAAGGUUUCUUCCCUUCCCUUCGUCACCAACACAGACUUAUGGUUGGACGACGUGAGUUUAGACGUGGUGGGUUCCGACCCUGUCGAGGUCGCUUCCUCUGCGCUUCAGGCCUACCGGGUACUUCACACCUCCCUCGGCCUUGAGGGCCUAGAGGUUGAGACCACAAAGACCAAGUUCGUCGCCGGCACGGCCCGCGCUCGCGCCGCGCUUCAGCAGCUGCGGCGCCCCGGCGAACCCGACACCGCCGACCUGGUUAAGGAUCUCGGCCUUGACUGCGCUGCUGGCCGACGGCGGCGCAUCACCACCGCCCAAAAGCGCUUUCGCACCGGCAUCGGCCGAGUCCGCCACAUGCGCCGCCUCCGCAUACGCCGCAGGUGGGUGCGUGGCCGGCUGCUCCAAGCCUCCGCCCUUAAGGCUGGCCUUUAUGGCCACCAGGCCGUUGGGGUUGCCCCUAAGCGCCUUAAGGUCUUACGCUCGGCGGUGGCGCGCAAGGCUGGUCGUUUCGAGCACGGCUCCGCCGACGUCAUUCUCGACCUCAUGUCCCACAAGGCCGUUGACCCACACCAGCUUGUGGUUGUGGAACAGCUUCAGGCCUCCAGCGCCUCACCCGAAGGCGUGAGGUUACUCACCCGCACUUGGGCCUCCUCCUGGUCCAGACAGGCCUCUGCCACCCAUGGGUGGAAAAUCGUGAACGGACCCGUUUCCGCGCUCAUCCAGUACUUACUGGACUUGCGGGUGUCUGCCCCUACCCCUGAGGUCUGGACACACCGCGAAGCUACCUUUCACUUCCGCUUCCGCGAUCCGGGAGCGGUUUUUGAGGCCUCUGCUUUCUUACGCCGGGUCAUACAGCUCGAGCGCUGGUCCCGUAUCGGCACCGUCUCCACUGCCGCUGGUGCCGCCUUAGGCAUCGAUUGGACCGUGCCCCGCCGCCUCUUAGCCAGUCCUCGGACGAAGCCCUGGCGGCAUGGCCUUAGGGCCGUCUUUCAAGGCGCCCUCCUCCACUCUGGCAACGGAGGGAAGGAACGGUGCAAGUUCUGUGGCGGCCCCAACACCCUGCACCACCUCCUUUACGAGUGCGAAAACAUCCCCGGCGCCCUCAUGCCCGCGGGCUGGUUGUCCUACAAGCGGCGCCACCCUGCCGACUGCCUUUGGUUGCGCGGUAUGCGCCCCCUUUCCCCCCGCGAGCCCCUCGCCCGCGAGGCUGAGGUACGCCGUACUGGCCUCUUUCUCGAAGGCACCCCUGACUUAACCGGGCUCUGCGUUGCCACCGACGCUUCCGGAGGCCCUGCCUCCAAGGAUAGUCGCCUCCGCUCGGUCGGCUGGGCCGCGGUGGUUGCCAGCAGGAGUGAUGGCGACCUUGUCGUGCUGGGCACCCUGUCCGGGCUUUUGCCUGCCCCUGCUUCUGUGCCGGAGGGUGAGAGCGAGGCCAUCGCUCAGGUCCUCCUCUCUUCCAGAGGCACUUUUGACCUCACCUGCGACUGCCAGCCCGCCCUGCGCAGCCUCCAGGGGCCCUUCACGAAGCGCACCUCGCUUGUGUGGGCCAAGGCUUGGGAACACAGGCACCGAGCUGAACCCCACUGGGUGCGCUCUCACCUUAGUCCCUCGGACUUUUGUUUUGAGUUCGGCGCUGACGCCCUGUGGCGCCAUGAGCUCAAUUCUCUGGCGGACAAGCUCGCCAGGGACCGCGCGGAGGAGGUUCAGACCCCACACCGUCUUGCCGCCCAGAAGGAGGUAGACCGUGUCACCUCCCUCGUUUGUGAGUAUCUCGGUCACCGCGCGGUCGCAAUUUUGGCCAAGGCCGAAAAGGAGGAUUUCGUGCCGCGGAAGAACCGCCUCCUCUCCGCUCUUGAGCCCUCCUCUUCCCCCUCGCCCAACAAGAGGCAGAGGUUGCAGGAGAAGAGUUUCAACAUGUGUGUUAAAUGCUCCGAGUGCUCCCUUUGCAUCUACCAGGUUGACACGCCGGAAACCUUUGAGGGCCGUCCUGGAAGUGUGGCCAGUGCCAUGGCCAAGUGUCGCUUCUCCUUCCCCGGCUCCUCCUCGGCAGCCGGAUGCGGUAGCAACCUCUGGUUCAGUGGGCCCCGAGCCCAAGGCUACCGCCCGGUUUCGGGUCUCUCUACGGCCCCGCCGGACCCUGCAGAGCCAGAGCUCGCUGGCCUCGCAGUGACGAAGCGACGGACUCUCCAAGCUCGUCUCCUCGCCGGCCGGCUAGAGGUCCGGCUCCAGCUGCACGUCCGCCUUACCACGGCCUAUGUGGCCAAGCGAAGGCGCGAGCUGGCAGCUGCCCAGGCUGCCCAGCCUUCCGUGCCGUAG